ACCAGUACCAGCUAUUUUACUAGCAGCUUCACAAAUUAGCCUCAGCAGAGAGGAGGUUGGCAGAAAUUUGCUAAUUACAAAUUCAAGUCGCGAGUUGGUUACUUAAAACGGUUUCGAACAAUUAUAUACAAGAUUGCUUGUGGAUAGGCUGCAGUUGCUUUAUUGACUUAAAAGACGGCGGUACAUUUUAGACAAAGCGUUGCAUGCACUUAAAAUAUGUUUCUCUUUCACAGAAGUGUGGUAGAAAAAUGGGAUUUGUUAUUACCUGUCAUAACUUUGUACGCCAUUAUAUUUGAUUUGCACUUAACAAACGCACGAAUUUUACCAUCUAUGAGAAAAACAAAUAAUACAGGGUGUGCAGACGAAAAAUCAAAUAAUUAUAAAUCAGUUGUUUAUCGUGUUGGCAAAGGUAUAAGUGAAGUGAAUCAUUUGAGUUACAUCGAGUUCGUAGCCACCGGAACAAUGGCCAAUGGAAGCAAUACAUCGAAGAAUUCUACUAUUUCUAAGCGCCUUCCUGGAACCACGAAAGAAACUCCUCAGAUAAUAAUCAGGAACAACAGGUGGGCCAUAAAAAUUUAUGGUGACGGCAUUGAGCAUAAAUUUCCUCCCUUUCUGGAACGCAUUAUCCAGCGCGUCCAAACAUACUUUUCUAUAUAUAAAUACACAGAUACCAGUUCACUGGAAACAACUGCUGAAAACGCUUCGGAAAGUAAUAUUGGGGCGGAAACGAAUUUUACUUCAAUAUUGGUUGAAGAUAAAAAUAACUACAACGUUAAUUUGUUUGCAAUUGAUGAGAACAGUUCGAAAGAAUCUCCUACCUUUGUCGAACUCCAAACAGCAACAAAGGAAGAUAUUGAUGACUACACAGAGUUUAUAGCUAUAAACGAAAACGACGAGGAUUUAAAAUUUCUGCGUAACGGAUGAAUACUCGUAUUUGUACAAUAUAUAUUAUAUAAUACAGCUCAUAAUUUAAGUAUUAGAAGCCAUUUCUUAGUCUAGAAUAUGUUUGCCUAGCAUGCCUGAGGCCGAGAGCACCCCCGUUGGAAGAAUUUUAGUAAAUUCAAUUCAAUCAACAACUAAAAGUUGUGUGAUAUCAAUGAUAGUCCUUGCAAGACAUAUGUCAAUUCAGAUUGAAAAAUAUUAAAUGAGACCUUUGUCCAGUUAUUGGUAUUUGCUUCAUAGCUGUAAAGCUGCUUCCUCCACAUCCGGAAUAGUUUGAAUCGCUUAUAUGUACACAUAUACAUAUGAACAUUUAUACAUUGUCCUCAGCAGAGCAAUUGGAAAACGUGUACUUACCUUUUUGCAAUGACUUCCUUGUUCAAAGUAAUAUUAUAUAUUUGUAUGAAACCUUACAUAUAUAUGUAUUUUUUAUUUGCCAAUUUUUAUUGUUUGUUGUUUUCAUGGUUAAGAUUAUGAACUAAUGGUCAAUGUAUGUAUGUGCGUUUUUGCUCAAAUGUUAACUUGUUUACAUUUUUAAUAAACAUUGUAUAUAUACUCGUACGUAUGCAUAUGCGUUAGUAUACUAAAAUAGAAAAGUUAUUGUGUUAGUGAACAGCUCGAAGCGUAUGUUAUUAGUUAUUUUACGUCACCAGUUACUAAUAAAAAAUGAUCUGAGAUUCA